AUGUCCGACACCCCCAACCCAGUUGGACGCUUCCUUUGUAAAAAGCACUGCUCCUACUUCCCUUUCGGGUCUAGUGGGGGACCAAUAGGCCUGUGUCUGGAGGUUCAGGAGCGACUGUACAGCUUCCUCGUCGAGUGCUGCAUGCAGCUGCUGUGCGAGUACGCCCGCGAGGACAUCCCGAAGACGGAUCUGCCCAUCCAGCCUGAACCGCCGGCAUUGUCCCCCUCAGAGUCAGCCAUGAACCUGUUCAGCGUCAUGACAGCCGAGGCCCCCUACCGUGUACCCGCCAGUCUCGAUCUCUCCCGUCUCCUGGGGGCAUCGUGGCAGCCAAAUGUGCCGCCGCAGAGGAUCACAUCUGGGGUGUCUACGCGAAGAUCCCGGAUACUUUGCCGACGUGCUGAGACACCAGCCAUUCUUUUUCGGUUGGGAGAUUCUCGACCGGGUCACGUGCUAGAAUGA